AUGGCUGUUUUUGGGCAGCUGGGUGAUGAAAAAUCACACGUAAGGGAGAAGAUAACCGUUUUAUUCAAUAACGAUGUGUUAAGCGAUGUCAGCUUCGUCAUACGAUCGUCAUGCGGCGAAAACGAUGCGAAAAGAUCCAAGAUGGUGAUUCCAGCACACAAGUUUGUGUUGUCAAUCUACAGUCCUGUUUUUUACGCCAUGUUCUGUGGAGAAAUGGCCGAGAAAUCGAACACCAUUGAUCUACCAGACUGUGAAUACGAGGGAAUGUUGGAAAUGUUGCGAUACAUGUACAUCAGCGAGGUGCAGUUGCGCGCAAGCAAUGUUCUUCAAGUGUUGUAUGUCGCGAAGAAAUAUAUCCUGCCCUCUCUUGCCCAAAAAUGCGUCGUGUUUCUGAUGAGGAAUUUAGAUGUUGCAAACGUACUCUGUGUUCUGUCUGAUGCUCAAAAGUAUGACGAGCAGAAUCUUGUGGAUCGCUGCUGGGAAAUGAUUGAAGGCGAAACUGAAGAAGUUGUAAAGUCAGAGGAAUUUGUGAAAAUUGACAAGUCGUUACUCGAAGCCAUGGUCAAGAGAGCCACAUUGACAAUCCCAGAGGUAGAGCUCUUUAGAACUGUUGAUUUGUGGGCUACAGAAGAAUGUAAAAGGCAAGGAGUUCUCGUAAGUGGCAAGGUUAAGCGAAGAAUCCUUGGAGAGCAAAUAGUGAAAAACAUACAUUUUCCAGUAAUGGAGGAGAAAGAUUUUACAAGCACCGUAAUUGACUCAAAUAUCCUUACCAAGACAGAAGUAAGAGAAUUGAUGAGGAAUUUUAAUGGUACAUUGUCGACAUCUGUAGGUUUUCCUGAAGAUCAGCGAGUAGGUUUCAGGUGGUCUUGUAGCAGAUUUGCAAGAUUUUCGUCCUGCAUUUGUGAACCAGUACACUGGUCUUAUGAUGGAGAUUCUGAUUCCCUCACUCUUGAUGCCAUUGUUCUAGAGGUAGACAAGGAUAUCAUGCUUCAUGGGAUUCGUUUUUUUGGUUGUUUAAAUAACAAGGACUAUCUUUUUUCUUUGAAAAUCAUAGACAAGAAAAAUGGUACAAAAAUGUUGUCUUUGAAAGAUAUGUCUUUUUCAUCUGUCCUGUUGCCAUACAGAGAAGAGGAAAUCAGUGGCUAUGAUGUUGUUUUUGAUCCAGUUAUUUUGAGGAAGAAUGCGGACUAUGUUGUUAAAAGUUUAACGGAUGGCCCAGAAACUUGCUAUGGGUAUGAUGGUGUCAACAUCAUUCAAAGCCAUGGUGUGACUUUCACUUUUAAAGCCUAUAAAUCAACGAACAGGGAGAAUGCGAAUGAAACAGAUGUUCAUUAUGGUCAAUUUUCUAGCUUCUUUUUUAAGCCAUUAUAAAAAGUCAUUAUAAUAGCAAAGUAGACUGACAUGGUAAAUAGCAUUAGUAAACAGAAAACUAGAUUGUAAUUAUUAUUAUGAUAGAUAAGUAUAAUCUUCUUUUCUAUUUACUAAUGCUAUUUACUAUGUCAAUCUACCUUGCUAUUUACUAUGCCAAUGCUGUGAGCUCCGGCUUACCAUAUGUAUGUCAUGGGAAAUCGUUAUAGAAUGUACUGUAUUUCCUUGAAUUAUAGCUGUUCCUCAAGUAAUUGCCUCCCUUGAAUAAUAAAUUUAUUGCCUCCUUUAGAUGGAAAUAUUGAACAAUUAUUGGAUGAGGUUUUUGUGAAAUCCAGAGUAAUUAAGGUCGAGGUAGGGGUUGGGCUUCGGCCGAUAACCCCCACCCCUCUUACCUUCUUCUCUUUCUUUUAUCCCCUACCUGUCGAGUUGAAAUGGAGUCUGAUACAACAAAACUGAUCAGUGACAAUUCAGGCUCUGAUGCUGAGGUUAUUGACAUUGGAAAUUAAUCAAGGAACCAAAUUUGGAACACUUAAAAAGCCCAUAUGUGAUCAUUUUUUUGUUUUAAUGGGAUAGUAAAACAAAAUAUUUAGGGCACAACCUCCAGGGAGCAAAAUUUGAAAUAAUCGACUCCCGCGAAGCUUUCCCUCGAAUAAUCUCCCUCUUUUUGUGCGAAAAAAAUAAUAAUCACCCCAGCUUUUAUUCAAGGAAAUACAGCAUUUGUAGAUGUGGGUUAGAAAUGUUCUGAUUUCUGGUUAGUGCAAAAGGCCUAAUCAAACAACGCCUGCAAAUUGAUUUGUUCAACCAAAGUUAAUGUUUAGAUUGUGAACAGAGAUGCAUAGUUAUUUUAAAGUUAGAGUGUCUUGAAGAACCAAACAGUUUAAACAACUUUUGUUCAAAUUAGAUGAAAAAAAGUUAAAUGUACAUAAAUAGUCGAGAAUGUUACUUAGCCCUGCAGAGAUAAGAAUUUUCUCUUUGACUGAUGAAAAAUAUUUCUCAAGUUGUUGAAUGAGUGAAAUAUUUUUUUUAUGGUGAGAAGAGAAAUUUUAUAUCUCCCAGUGGCGAUGUAAUGUUUUAUUUAUUAUUAUUUUAUUAUAUAAUGUUUGCACAACACUUGCUGAAUUGCUGAUACUGGGCCGUUGUUUUAUAGAGCACUGUUUGAACACAGGUAACCCAGGCUCUGUGAUAGUACCACAGUUGUUGUUGUCGUUAAUACUCCAGUGUGAGUGAAUUUGAACAAAUUAUCAUGAAACUUCGUUGGAGCAUUAUGGACAAUAACAACUAACUGCAGAGUAAGUUUCAUUGCUCUUUAUGUAGUAUUUCCUAGAAAUUUUAGGAUCGUAUUUUUAUCCCAUACAAACACUGUAAUUUUACUGGAUUGGUACUGUGGUACUAUCUCAGCCUGGGUUACCUGUGGUUUGAACAGUCUUCCCAGAACACUGUUUUGCUUAGAACUUAUCAUCAAAUUAUUAAGUGAUUAUCUAUAAGCAAUGCCCCUAAUUUUUUUCAAUGAGCUUUUUUUAAUAACUUACUGGAAUAAUAUUGUUCAUUUACCAGCAGAAAACUCAAGCGACCAAUGUUUCUGUUGUUUGAUGGCCACUGCCAACAUUCUUAGCAAUGCAUUCUAGCCUCCCUUGAAUAAUAAAUUUAUUGCCUCCUUUAGAUGGAAAUAUUAAACAAUUAUUGGAUGAGGUUUUUGUGAUAUCCAGAGUAAUUAAGGUCGAGGAAAGGGGUUGGGCUUCGGCUGAUAAUCCCCACUCCUCUUACCUUCUUCUCUUUCUUUUAUCCCCUACCUGUCGAGUUGAAAUGGAGUCUGAUGCAACAAAACUGAUCAAUGACAAUUCAGGCUCUGAUGCUGAGGUUAUUGACAUUGGAAAUUAAUCAAGGAACCAAAUUUGGAACACUUAAAAAGCCCAUGUGUGAUCAUUUUUUUGUUUUAAUGGGAUAGUAAAACAAAAUAUUUAGGGCACAACUUCCAGGGAGCAAAAUUUGAAAUAAUCGACUCCCUCGAAUAAGCUUUCCCUCGAAUAAUCUCCCUCUUUUUGUGCGAAAAAAAUAAUAAUCACCCCAGCUUUUAUUCAAGGAAAUACAGCAUUUGUAGAUGUGGGUUAGAAAUGUUCUGAUUUCUGGUUAGUACAAAAGGCCUAAUAAAACAACGCCUGCAAAUUGAUUUGUUCAACCAAAGUUAAUGUUUAGAUGAUUGUGAACAGAGAUGCAUAGUUAUUUUAAAGUUAGAGUGUCUUGAAGAACCAAACAGUUUAAACAAGUUUUGUUGUGUUCAAAUUAGAUGAAACAAAGUUAAAUGUACAUAAAUAGUCGAGAAUGUUACUUAGCCCUGCAGAGAUAAGAAUUUUCUCUUUGACUGAUGAAAAAUGUUUCACAAGUUAUUCAAUGAAAGUAUGAAAUACUUUUUUUAAUGUGAGAAGAGAAAUUUCAUAUCUCCCAGUGGCCAUGUAAUGUUCUAUUUAUUAUUUUUUUAUUAGUUUGCACAACACUUGCUGAAUUGCUGAUGCUGUUCUGGUGUUUCAUAUAGCACUGUUUGAACAGUCUUCGCAGAAUACUGUUUUGCUUAGAACUUAUCAUCAAAUUAUUAACUGAUUAUCUAUAGGCAAUGCUCCUAAUUUUUUUUAAAUGAGCUUUUUUUAAUAACUUACUAGAAUAAUAUUGUUCAUUUACCAGCUGAAAACUCAAGCAACCAAUGUUUCUGUUGUUUGAUGACCACUGCCCACAUUCUUAACAAUGCAUUCUGAAAAUUUCGUCCGAUUUUGUGGCUUGUUACCAUAGAAAACUCAAACGAAAGAGACUUUCCGUGAUUAAAGAUAUUUUUAUAAAUAAAAAAGGAUUUUAGUUAACAGUGUAUAGUCAUUGCUGGAUCUCUAAAAACUUGUGCUGAAUACCUUUUUAAUUUUCAACAAUAAAUGUUUAUUUUUUCUAGUAUUUUAAUCACUCUAAAUGAGAAUCAUACUAUCGCAAUUAAUGCCAUGUCCAUUUGUGUAUACAGCAAAAAGUGAUUCAUAUUAUUGCCUUAAAGGGCCUCUUCACACGAGCCCGGUUGACCGGGCUGGCUCGAUUGCAGGGACCAAUUUCACCUUGGGUUCAUAUGAGAAAUUUCAGUCCGGUUUCCGAGAUGAGGCCAAAGAUCAUGGGCUCAGUUGCAUAAAACCUGCACUUAAAGGGGCUGUGUCACGAAAUUCAGCCAAAUUAGGUAAUUACAAAAUGCUCGUUAAAUUGAGAGAAACGUAAAAAUAACUACUUAAAACAUUAAAGGAAGGUUAAAAUAACACAACAGAUACAACAGAUGCUACGGAUGGGCAAAACUGAAGAAGAUUGAAACGGAUUGAAAUUAGGGUUUUUGAAAACUGUUCAGCCUAACAGUUUUUCAAAGUUGAUCUCUGCUGUUUGCAACUUCAAAAGUAAUGCUCAGGAGACAUAUUUGUUUGUCUCGAAUCUCUGAUUUUUUCAUUUCCAUGUAAUUUCCUUGCUUACUUUAAAUUCCAUACCGAUUGCGGGCGAGUAAUUGGCAAAAUUAAACAAAAUGCCCUGGACUACCGUGACACAGCCCCUUUAAGUGCUCACUUAAAUAGGUCACUUACGAAUCUGUUAUGAGUACACUUACAUGUGUUGCAUGGAACGCACUUAGCACUCUCGUAAGUUCCUGUUUUACGUAGUGACUAACGGGCUCACUUAAGGGCACAAGUAACUUUGAUAUAGUACUUUAUUAGAAGGACUCAUUCUAUUUUUUUUAAGCUAACCAUUGGUGAAUGUUAAGAAAAUGUCUAGUCGUUUCGAACACUUUUUUAAGUCUCUCGUUGAAAUAAAAUUGGCAUGCAAUCGUUGACUUACUUCAAUAUCUACUGAACAUGAUUGUUCUUCUUUUUUCUCAAAGAAGUCUUUAAAGUGUACAUCGGAGGUUAAUAAAGUGCAUAAGAACAAAUUACGUAAAGAAAAGGCCUUUUUUUUUCACUUGUCAAUUUGUGAAAUAGAUCUUUUUAAUUUUAGUAAAAACAGUAAGGAUACGGGACCUACAUAGGUCCCGUAAAUUUACAUGCUAUUUUUCCCGUAAAAAAAGUUUUAUGCAACACCCGCAAUUUCUGUUGCAUAAACGACACUUAAUUGAACAUUUACGAAAAUCGUAAGUGCAGCCACUUAGAUGAAUUCCCUAAGUGUACCACUUAAGGUACAGUAAUGCAACUCACUUACGUUAGGAGUGCACGUACGUAUAUCCGUAAUUGUUACGGGUGUUUUAUUCGUUUGUUUUCGAGUAAUUAUUUUGAAUUUACCACGCUUUGUUGGAAUACGUGCUUAGUAAUAGUGGGCGGUAACCUUCCAGUCGUGUAGCAUUCGUAGGAUGAGCUUUUCAGAGCAUGAGCCAUGGAUCCUACCCAGAUUUCCUGCCAAGUUUUUUUCCUUACUACAGUUUUUUCCGGCAGGUUUUUUCUGGCCUCCGUUCUGACAGUAUUCUUUGUGAACUGUCGCUCAGCUCUGUUCUAGUUUAUCCAACCAACCAUAUAUUUGAAUGUAGAAGAAGUUGUCGUGGCGUGGCGUGUUUUCAGAGUCACGCCAUUCAAAAUAGAUCAAAAUCAAAAUCAAAACCGUUUAAUACAAAAAAGUACGGAAUCUGGGAAAUGAAAGGAGGUAAAUAUACAAAGACCCUUGCCAAAGUUCAGUCCAGAAGAAUAUUCUGUUUACGAGAUAUACGAAGAAAUUUUUUAGCCAAAUUUAUAGAGAUUUGUAUGGAGACGCCAUGCUGGUGCCCACCUGGAUGGGCACCGACAUUGUGGACGGAAACCAAUAAAGCAAAAAGAUAGAAAAAUUCCCCGAAAUACGUCACUUUUUUAACCUACAUGAAAGCUCUCUCGGCCGUCACGCAAAAGCUUAGAAAUUCAAGCGCACUCUAUCAGAAAACCAAGAACCCUUUUGAAGCAAAAAUUCGUAUGAAAAUAAGUUUUCAGCUGCUCUAAUACAUCAUGAUAGUAAAAUUCCAGUAGGAUCGAUAGUUUGUAGUUUGAAUUUUAUUUUAGUGACGUCAUAUGAAAACCAACAAUGCUGAGUAUCUUCGAGGUGUAUGAGUACCGAAUCAGAAAUAUGGAAGACGAGGAACUCGGCAUGACUUUUGUGAAUGUGCUGCCACUCAGUUAUCAUACAGUACUAAUUUAUUCACUUAUUGGUUGAUUGACUGAUUCAUUCUUUCAUUUAUGAUAGUUAUCUUAGCAUGGAGAGGACAAAACAGUAGCCGAGCAGUAAUUAAAACGCCCGAGGACAUUACCUCAAAACCGAUCCUUCAAGCAGUUUUUCUCGGCCAAACAUUAAUAUGUAUCUCCAAUUCAAAGGGGACAGACAGCAAAUUGUUGUUGCUCGAUAUAUCUAUUUGUGGUAACUUGUGACGCAAACAAAUUUUAAAAGCAAAUACGAAGAAGGGUUUUGACUAGGCAAAAACAUAAUGUGAAUUGCUGAGAAUACAUAUCAUACAUAUCUCCGUAUUUUGCAGAAUACCAGUUGUAUUAGAAAGCCGCAGAUCAUCUCAGCGGGGAUGCACACCCCGGUACCCUUCCCCUAGAUACAACCCUACACAGUGAUCUUUUUGUUUGUAACAAUAUAAUGUUUUUGAGCUAAAGGUGACCUGGUGUUUUAUUGGUUUUUGUAUAAUAAAAUUGUUUACUUUUCCAUUCAGGCAUUUUUUUAUGUUGUCGAAAUUGUUGGAUCAAUAAUUGAACAAUAUNACCUGGUGUUUUAAUGGUUUUUGUAUAAUAAAAUUGUUUACUUUUCCAUUCAGGCAUUUUUUUAUGUUGUCGAAAUUGUUGGAUCAAUAAUUGAACAAUAUUGUUAUUACUAAUAUGCUAAGCCAAAGUUAAAUAUAACGCCAGAAGAUAAACCUUCCAAUCUAACUCGGAGCCCCCGGAAAAAAGACCUCGAGAAGCCACCCCCCCACACCCUCGAAAAUGCCUUCUCUUGGACCCCCCUCCCCUCAGAAUUUCCGUUGCUUUUCGUUGGGGUGGGGGUGGGGUAUGGCGAGACUGCACAAUAACUUUAAACACCCCUAAAUAAGACUCAGCCAAACACGAUCCUUUCCAUACACAAGGGGUGUUCAACAAGCUCGCUCGGGGAAUCCCACAUAAAAGUGACGGGGAUGCUCAUCGUCUCGCGCAGGGGUGUAAAUUGCAGAUUUUGGUCUCACUUAGGGUGUUUGGGCCAGAAAGUCACUAUAUUUCAGGUAUCGCUUAGGGCUUUGAAUAGAGAAAUUUACAAAAAAUGCCGUGACUGACCAGACAGAAAUCUCCUUUAGGAGGAAUCUAGACGGGCGGAAAAAAAAUGGCGCGAAAUAUUAUUUUUUCCGCCCGUUUAGACUUAGGUUCUCUCGCCUUCACUCCAAGGACUGUGGGGUACCGCCCAAGUACCUUUUUGAUGUAACGUAUAUAAAGGUCUCCUUAGAAGCUGGAAAGCCGCUGAAACACGGUACCGUUUAUUCGUAAAUAUCUCACCUUCCCGCCGAUUUCCGCCAUUUCGUGACUGUCCCAAUCCUUUAGUCAAUCUUUCUUUUUGGCGUACCUUUUCGUGUUUCAAUGGCUGUUUUUGGGCAGCUGGGUGAUGAAAAAUCACACGUAAGAGAGAAGAUAACUUUCUUAUUCAAUAACGAUCUGCUAAGCGAUGUCAGCUUCGUCAUACGAUCGUCAUGCGGCGAAAACAAUGCAAAAAGAUCCAAGAUGGUGAUUCCAGCGCACAAGUUUAUGUUGUCCAUCUACAGUCCUGUUUUUUACGCCAUGUUCUGUGGAGAAAUGGCCGAGAAGUCGGACACUAUUGAUAAUUUUAGUAAAAACAGUAAGGAUACGGGACCUACAUAGGUCCCGUAAAUUUACAUGCUAUUUUUCCCGUAAAAAAAGUUUUAUGCAACACCCGCAAUUUCUGUUGCAUAAACGACACUUAAUUGAACAUUUACGAAAAUCGUAAGUGCAACCACUUAGAUGAAUUCCCUAAGUGGACCACUUAAGGUACAGUAAUGCAACUCACUUACGUUAGGAGUGCACGUUCGUAUACCCGUAAUUGUUACGGGUGUUUUAUUCGUUUGUUUUCGAGAAAUUAUUUUGAAUUUACCACGCUUUGUUGGAAUACGUGCUUAGUAAUAGUGGGCGGUAACCUUCCAGUCGUGUAGCCUUCGUAGGAUGAGCUUUUCAGAGCAUGAGCCAUGGAUCCUACCCAGAUUUCCUGCCGAGUUUUUUUCCUUACUACAGUUUUUUCCGGCAGGUUUUUUCUGGCCUCCGUUCUGACAGAUUCUUUGUGAACUGUCGCUCAGCUCUGUUCUAGUUUAUCCAACCAACCAUAUAUUUGAAUGUAGUAGAAGUUGUCGUGGCGUAUUGCCUGUUUUCAGAGUCACGCCAUUCAAAAUAGAUCAAAAUCAAAAUCAAAACCGUUCAAUAGAUAAAGUACGGAAUCUGGGAAAUGAAAGGAGGUAAAUAUACAAAGACCCUUGCCAAGUUCAGUCCAGAAGAAUAUUCUGUUUACGAGAUAUACGAAGAAAUUUUUUAGCCAAAUUUAUAGAGAUUUGUAUGGAGACGCCAUGCUGGUGCCCACCUGGAUGGGCACCGACAUUGUGGACGGAAACCAAUAAAGCAAAAAGAUAGAAAAAUUCCCCGAAAUACGUCACUUUUUUAACCUACAUGAAAGCUCUCUCGGCCGUCACGCAAAAGCUUAGAAAUUCAAGCGCACUCUAUCAGAAAACCAAGAACCCUUUUGAAGCAAAAAUUCGUAUGAAAAUAAGUUUUCAGCUGCUCUAAUACAUCAUGAUUGUAAAAUUCCAGUAGGAUCGAUAGUUUGCAGUUUGAAUUUUAUUUUAGUGACGUCAUGUGAAAACCAACAAUACUGAGUAGCUUCGAGGUGUAUGAGUACCCAAUCAGAAAUAUGGAAGACGAGGAACUCGGCAUGACUUUUGUGAAUGUGCUGCCACUCAGUUAUCAUACAGUACUAAUUUAUUCACUUAUUGGUUGAUUGACUGAUUCAUUCUUUCAUUUAUGAUAGUUAUCUUAGCAUGGAGAGGACAAAACAGUAGCCGAGCAGUAAUUAAAACGCCCGAGGACAUUACCUCAAAACCGAUCCUUCAAGCAGUUUUUCUCGGCCAAACAUUAAUAUGUAUCUCAAAUUCAAAGGGGACAGACAGCAAAUUGUUGUUGCUCGAUAUAUCUAUAUGUCGUAACUUGAUGACGCAAACAAAUUUUAAAAGCAAAUACGAAGAAGGGUUUUGACUAGGCAAAAACAUAAUGUCAAUUGCUGAGAAUACAUAUCAUACAUAUCUCCGUAUUUUGCAGAAUACCAGUUGUAUUAGAAAGCCGCAGAUCAUCUCAGCGGGGAUGCACACCCCGGUACCCUUCCCCUAGAUACAACCCUACACAGUGAUCUUUUUGUUUGUAACAAUAUAAUGUUUUUGAGCUAAAGGUGACCUGGUGUUUUAUUGGUUUUUGUAUAAUAAAAUUGUUUACUUUUCCAUUCAGGCAUUUUUUUAUGUUGUCGAAAUUGUUGGAUCAAUAAUUGAACAAUAUUGUUAUUACUAAUAUGCUAUGCCAAAGUUAAAUAUAACGCCAGAAGAUAAACCUUCCAAUCUAACUCGGAGCCCCCGGAAAAAAGACCUCUAGAAGCCACCCUCCACACCCUCGAAAAUGCCUUCUCUUGGACCCCCUUCCCCUCAGAACUUCUGUUGCUUUCCGUUGGAGCGGGGGGGGGGGUGGGGGGUCGGGUGUGGAGACACUGCACAAUAACUUUAAACACCCCUAAAUAAGACUCAGCCAAACACGAUCCUUUCAAUACACGAGAAGUGUUCAACAAGCUUGGGCGGGGAAUCCCACAUGAAAGUGACGGGGAUGCUCAACGUCUCGCGUAGGGGUGUAAAUUGCAGAUUUUGGUCUCAGUUAGGGUGUUGGGGCCAGAAAGUCACUAUCAUUAUUUGCCCAUUCAGGUAUCGCUUAGGGCUUUGAAUAAAUGAAUUUACAAAAAAAUGCCGUGACACUGACCAGACAGAAAUCUUCUUUAGGGGGAAUCUAAACGAGCGGAAAAAAAAUCGGCGCGAAAUUUUUUUUUUUCCGCCCGUUUAGACUUAGGUUCUCUCGCCUUCCCUCCGAGGACUGUGGGGUACUGCCCAAGUAGCUUUUUGAUGUAACGUAUAUAAAAAGAUCCUUAGAAGCUGGAAAGCCGCUGAAACACGGUACCGUUUAUUCGUAAAUAUCUCACCUUCCCGCCGAUUUCCGCCAUUUCGUGACUGUCCCAAUCCUCUAGUCAAUCUUUCUUUUUGGCGUACCUUUUCCUGUUUCAAUGGCUGUUUUUGGGCAGCUGGGUGAUGAAAAAUCACACGUAAGAGAGAAGAUAACUUUCUUAUUCAAUAACGAUCUGCUAAGCGAUGUCAGCUUCGUCAUACGAUCGCCAUGCGGCGAAAACAAUGCAAAAAGAUCCAAGAUGGUGAUUCCAGCGCACAAGUUUAUGUUGUCCAUCUACAGUCCUGUUUUUUACGCCAUGUUCUGUGGAGAAAUGGCCGAGAAGUCGGACACUAUUGAUCUACCCGACUGUGAAUACGAGGGAAUGUUGGAAAUGUUGCGAUACAUGUACAGCAACGAGGUGGAGUUGAACGAAAGCAAUGUGUUGCAAGUGUUAUAUGUGGCCAAGAAGUAUAUCCUGCCCUCGCUUGCCGAAAAAUGCGUCGUAUUCUUAAUGAGGAAUUUAGAUCUUGCCAACGUACUCUGUGUUUUGUCUCACGCUCAAAAGUAUGACGAGAAGAAUCUUGUGGAUCGCUGCUGGGAAAUGAUUGAAAGCCAAACUGAAGAAGUUGUAAAGUUGGAAGAAUUCGCGACAAUUGACAGGUCUUUGCUCGAAGCCAUAGUCAAGAGAGCCACAUUGACAAUCUCAGAGGUAGAGCUCUUCAGAGCUGUUGAUUUGUGGGCCACAGAAGAAUGUGAAAGGCAAGGAGUUCUGGCAAGUGGUAAAGUUAAGCGAAGAAUUCUUGGAGAGCAAAUUGUAAAAAACAUUCAUUUCCCAGUAAUGGAGGAGAAAGAUUUUACAAGCACUGUGAUUGACUCAAAUAUCCUUACUGAGACAGAAGUAAAAGAAUUGAUGAAGAAUUUCAAUGGCACGUUAUCAAAAUCUGCAGGUUUUCCUGAAGAUAGGCGAGUAGGUUUCAGCUGGUCAUGCUGCAGAUUUACAUGGUUUUGGCCCUGCUAUUGUGAUCCAGAAGACCCGUGGUUUGAUGAAAGAGAUCCCCCAUCUCUUGAUGCCAUUGUUCUGCAGGUAGACAAGGAUAUUAUGCUUCAUGGGAUUCGAUUUCUUGGUUGUCUACAUAACAGGGACUAUCUGAUUUCUUUAAAAAUCAUGGAUGUGGAAAAUCAUACAAAUUUGGUUGCUUUAAAAGAUGAGUCUUUUUCUUCUGUCCCAUUGCCGUGCAGAGAAGAAGAAGUUGAUGUUUACGAUGUCAUCUUUGAUCCAGUUUUUUUGAGGAAGAAUGCAGACUAUGUUGUUAGAAGUUUAAGGCGUGGACCA